UUGAGAUAUAGUUUACGUAAAUAUUAGAAUGAAGGAACAGUAAGAUACAACAAACUAAGAUGAAUUCACUUAGAUUACAGUAAAAGGAAGAUGAGUAACAUUUUUUUAAAUGACGACAACGUUACAUGAUACGCAAAUAACACAUAGCGUGUCAAUCCAUACACGUGACACCACAGAGCCCUCAUGUCCGAACAGGAAGUCUAUUCUGUUUCUAUGGAUACACCUUGAGGCCUGUAAACACAACUGAUUAUCGCUCAUAAAUAAGUUUAUUCCUUCCCCAGUUGCAGCGAAUUGUUGUCUUAACUCCCAAAAAUACAGAUAUAUCUUGUAGGGAGUCAAAGAAUAGGUAAGCUACACAAUUAUUGUUUUCUUUCAACAACAACAAAUGAUGUUGUUUUACUUCCGCCGCUGUCGAAAAGACUCCUGUGGUGAACUGUGAUGUCAUCGAGUGAGGACGGCGUCCUCCGGCCUCCACAGGAAGGAGCUCCGACAUGCUCCUCCCUCUCCAGAGCUGUCGGCCUCGUCACCGGGGACAUGCGCCUCUGCAGAGAGUGGGUGAAAAGGCAGCCGGCGGUCGUCCAACUGCUGGACUGGACCUGUCGAGGCGUAGCCCAGGUCAUGUUUGUGAACAACCCUCUCAGCGGGCUCCUCGUCACGGCCGGCCUCUUCCUGCAGGACCCUUGGUGGGCUCUGAGCGGUCUGCUCGCUACCUUUGUCUCCACUGCGUCCGCCUUCUUGCUGGGACAAAACAGGGAAGCCAUAUCAGUGGGCUUACACGGCUACAAUGGAACGUUGAUCGGCAUACUGAUGGCGGUGUUCUCUGCCAAAGGAAGCUGGUACUGGUGGCUGCUAUUGCCAAAUAUGUUCUUGUCCAUGUUGUGCCCGGUUGUCUCCAGCGCUUUGUCAUCUGUUGCCUGCAAAUGGGACCUCCCAAUAUUAACCCUGCCCUUUAAUAUGUUGGUCUGUCUGCACGUUGCGGCCACGGGAGCCAAUCACCACUACUUUCCUCAGGCGGACAUGCAGCCAAAGGACCAUCUGCACCCUGCUAAUGACUCCAUGGAAAGCCUUGAUGUCUCUCGAGUAUGUGACGGCAAUGUCAACGGCCCGCUAUUCCUGUCGCUGCCCGUUGGUGUUGGCCAGGUGUACGGCUGCAGCAGUCCUUGGACAGGGAGCCUCAUCCUUCUGGCCCUGCUGCUUUCCUCACCGACGAUCUGUGCUCAGGCCAUGUGGGGCUCUGCUGUUGGCAUGUUAUCUGGUCUUGCUCUCGCAGCCCCUCGCGAGGACAUUUACUCCGGGCUGUGGGGAUAUAACUGCGCUCUGUCCUGCGUUGCCAUCGGAGGGGUCUUCUAUGUCAUAACCUGGAAAACGCAUCUACUGGCUCUAACAUGUGCACUUUUCUGCGCAUACUUGACUGCAGCGAUAUCAAAGCUGAUGUCUAUGCUCGCAUUACCAGCCUGCACGUGGCCUUUCUGCCUGUCGACUCUCAUCUUCCUCCUCGUUUCCUCUGAGACGGCCGCCAUCUGCAGACUUCCUCUGUCUGUGGUCUCCUACCCCGAGGAGAACCGCCGCUGCCGCACACGGUUGGAGGCCUCAGAGAAAGCGCCGCUCAGUCAGCUGAGCGGCAGCCAAGACGAGGUCCAGUUUGGGCCGGACAGCAGCUGCAGAGAAGCUCUGUGUCAUUAGAGGAGAUGUUCUUACACUGAGUGUGAAACUGAGGGAAUGGUAGGGGGAUGUAAAGUCUUAAUAUUUCCUCUUUUACAUAACCGUGUAUGUUAUAUAAAAUGGCUGGCAGUACAGCUAUUUUAUCAGCAGGGGGCAGCACUUUGCAAGGAAAGAUCCCUCCGUUUGUCUUUUAAAUAACCAGUUCGCAAAACUUUUUACUUUGGUGAUGUUUUACAUCAUUACAAAACCUGUCCACCUGGUGACCUUAUCAUCCUUCUUAGGACAACCUCGCUCCACUUUUCCCUUAAGCAACCAGAUUUUUUCAUCUCUAAUGAAGGGAGGCCACAAAGAUGUCAGCUGAUAUGUAUGUGAGGCUCCCUUUUCUCCAUUUAUAUUUACAUAUAUGAGUAAAUCUGUGUGUGUCUGGUGCUCCGGGCCCCGUUGCGCUCGUCAAGCCGGUGGGACACAUGACAGACAGUCACACUCUCAGGCACGUGUGGGAGGCGCAGUGCGUCGGGGGAGAAGGUGCGAGACGAGGGAAGGGAAAGGACUUGACAAUGAGAACGUCUCGUGUUCUUGGAUGGUGAUAAAAUAUGACUUGUUAUGACAGAUUUGUUCUUUCCUUGAAUGUGUCAUUUCUUUCUGUAGUGCAUUUUAUCCCAAUAUCUCAAACCUUUUUCUACUUCAUAUUCCAAAGUCGUUCCAACGGCCCCCGGUUCAUUUUUCCGCCCCCUUCAGGUAAAGAGUGACCUCAGUCAGUUGGCCUUUUUUCACCCGUCGAUUCACGCAGAGACCUUUUGAGAUACUUGGGGUAAGCGUUGGCGGUGGGAUGGUGCGAGAUGAGGUUGUUGUCACCUCCCCUGCGCCAGUACUUUCUGCUCACGGCGAUGUGAUUCACCUUCCGGAGCGGCCUGCAGGCAGCUCCCAUGCGGGGACGAGGCCGAGGCCUCCACACACUCUGAAAGAAGCAUGUUCCUUUGUCUCUGCACAGCGGCGGCGUGUCGACUCCAGCGGCCGUCGGUUGGGAACAGCAGGUCUCACAUAACCAAGUGUUUUAUAACCGUGUGGUAUUAACAAAAAGAGGAUAACAUGCAUCAUAAGUGGCAAAAGAACCGGGGAAGACUGGUAAUACUAUACUACGUAUGGGGGUGUUCUGAAGAGUCAUUUGUGAUCCAUAUUUAGGAAAUUAAAACGGAUAUAGAAAUAUUACUUGAGAUUUGUUAAAAUUGUCUAAACACCAAUAAAGCAAUAAAAAAGCCCAUCUACAGAAAUGGCAUUUCCAGUGAAUGUACCCUCCUUAAAGUAAGCUCUACAAAUGAGCAAAUAUUAGGUUCAGAUCAGGAAAUACUUUGGGUCUUAUGGCUUUUUUUCAACAAUUGUGUACCACAAACACAAGUCUUUCUCAGCAGUGGAGACUUUUACGAUAUAAAGGUUACAUAAAUAAUCAUACAGUUUAUAUUCUUGUAUAAAUGAAUAAAUUGUGACAAAGUG